CCUUUAUGAGCCCGGAAUCCGUCACCGCGCCGCAAAUCCACACAUGGCUCGAUCUUUACGCGUGCACCAUUUGGGCGUAAAAGCACCAGUGUGGAUGUUCUCAGUGGACACAAAACCAUUAGUGAUUAUUAGAUUCCAGAAGAUGGCAGAAUGAAAAUGAUUUCUCAGUGUGAACUGGAUAACAUUGCCAUGGGGACCCGUUUGAACUCGGGUGAUUAUUAGAGAGAGAGAGAGCAGCCUGGAGGCGGCGUCAUGGUCAUCACUGAUCGGAACGCCGCUAUUGCUGUUCCUAAAAAAGAGCCACAGAAAAAGAAGAGGAGGAAGUCCCGCCCUCAUGGCCUGCCCUCUCCGGCACUGUGCUGCACCUGCGGCCUGUGCAUCAUGCUGGCUGGACUCAACAUCACACUGGUGGGAGCGUUUGCCUUCAGCACUCUGGUGCCUUCUGCCAACCCUCCAAUCAUCAUCGGACCUGUGCUCCUGCUGGUGGCCUUCUCCUUUUUUGGGGCCUGUUGCAUGUGCAGCCGACUUCCUCCUGCCCACAGCUCGCGCAGAUCUAAGGUUGGGGGCAGGUGUGGGGGGUUGAUGGGACCAGGCGGGUUAUCCGGAGGGGCGGCGUUUGAAAUCGAGACCAGCGAGCACACGCUACAGGACACGACGGCUGUGCAGCUCAGUCCCACGUCUUCUCCUGGAUCAUCCAGACCAUCCAGUCCAGAGAAAGAGGCUCCUGGUGCCGUCGAUUCAGCGACGUGCAAGCUUUUCACCAUGGUGACCAACGGCCCACCUCCUCUCUCUGCCGCUGCGGUCUACUCUGUCUCCACAGCAGCUGGAGCGGAGGUGAAGCUCAACCUGCCACGUGAGGAAGUGAUCACCUAGUGGGCGGAAACUGGUCUAAGGAUGGAGUCCCAGGUGUAAAUAUCAGCCCGUCCUCUAACGUUACAUGGUGCCAUUCUUCUGAGAGUGUCAGCUUUUGGUUUUGUGCAAACAAAUGGUAGUUAGCAUGCACAGUAACUUAAACAUCCAAGUGUUUGUGGAUCCUGAGUUCUGGAAUUCAAAUUCCUACCUCUCUCGUGCUGUCGUUUGUGAUCUUAAGGUGGGGCAUUACCAAUCUGCAUCAAAUCGUCGCGUACCGUUCCCAUUCAUUGGUAAACGUGUGAUUGUCGCGUUAGCUGUCAGAAAGAGCCUGUGAGACCACUUCUGGAAAAGGUCGGUUUGUUCGGAAAUAACGAAAGGUCAGUCAUGAAAACCGGAGUUUGAAAUAUACAACUGCAUCUGUGGUAUCGUUUGACAUUUUGUGUGGCAUUCUCAGUGUUGAACUUUGCUGGGGGGGGCAUCAAAAAUUAAAGGUCACAGGGAUCCCACAGCGAUAUUCUCCCACCUGAAAUUUUGGGCGAUUACAGUUUAAUAAUCAGAGCAAACACUCAUAAUUUCCAGUUAAUGCGUGUGUCAGGAAUGACCACAGUGAUGUAACAUGUUUCAGUAGGUUACAUCAAACUGAUGCUGGGUUGCAAAAGCCUGAAGCCAUAAUAAAA